GGUUUCUUCAUCUGUACUCUUAUCAUCUAUUGUGUUCUCGAUUCAUCUUUAAGGAUGUCGUUCGUUUGCCUUGCGCGCCCCAUCACUGACUCGUGCAUGCUCUAGACGGCCCUUUGGCGAAAUUGCACGAUCUGGCUGCCCCAAUCCUGAGAGCAUCUGCAUGUAAUCAUACCCGAGAAAAUCAGCACUACACAUCACGCCUCCCUUGCAUAGUCGCGACACCACAACGCUCGGAGAUCAUACGACUCUCUACAGCAUCAAAGCUAGUUUGAAUUCAAUUCACCUGGCGAAAUUUCGCGAUUCAUGCAUCUAGGCCAGACGCCAUGGACGGCUCAGCUAUCGCAUACGCAACGUCCAAGGACUGGCUGGACAUCAUGAAGAAUCGAUCAAAAGUGCGUAUGCACGAGCUGAUCGAGCGUCUUGGACUGCGCGCAAAGUGGUCAUCGAACAAACGCGGUAAAACAAACUUUGAAUCCGCCCUCGUACGCGAGCUGGUUGCAGACAUGGGCGAUGUCGUCUCCACACUACCAAAAGAGCCGGAUGAGCUAAUGAAGUUUUUGAGCGACGAGGGAAGUUUGAAAGAGCAGGUGGAUGGCUUACUUGAGAAGCAUGGGGCCAAAGUCUGGGGAAGAGUGGGCGAUCGUGAGCAUCUAAUCACCGCGAAUGAACCCGGAGUCGAAGAAGGACUUUACCCGCGGGAUCUUUACUUGGAGAACGAGGAAGACAGAGCAUUAAUUCACAAACUUCUCCACUGGUGGAUCGGGCUGAAGGCAUGCAACGUCAUUCUUGCGCGCGAACGCCUGGAUCGCGAGAGACGAAAGAAGGCAGAAAAUCGCCAGGCGCGAGCUGAUGCCGAGUUUUCUGGCCAGCAAGAGGGCGGCACGCCAGCAUCGUUUGUUGCGCUUGCGCCAAAUUCGGUGUUGCACGACGGCGAUACAGCGUCACGUGGAAGCCCGAUGUCGUCAAGUGCAAUGCUCACACCUCCAGAAUCGGGGGAAAGUCCCAUUAUGGGACCGCGGGAAGGAGGCGGAUUUAUAGCUGUCAACGGCGGUGGACACGCGACAAAUGGGAAUGCGGCCUUUACAUCGGCGAAAACCCACGAACAGCAGGCUACACAACAGUCUAACAUCGCUGAGGGUGUCUGGAAUAAACUCACAGCUGAAGCAAACAAGUCUCGAUAUCUCAGUACGCUGUCAGGCCCUGCUCCAACCCACGCUGCACAUCCUCCAGAGACCAAAGCAGCGGCACAACAGCAAAUCACCGACGCGACCCAAGCGGCUGCUGAUCGACAGGUCAGCGUACAAAUGGCCGCGCUGGUAGCAAGCUUUCGGUCGGAUGACGGUGUCCCAGAAGAGCUCCCACAGGCAAAUAACAGUAUACCCUACCGUGGUCUGGACUACGAUGGCUUACGGGCGCUACGGCAGUACAUAUAUGGAGAGGAGCGAGGUAUUUCAAUGGACGAAGAAGCUCUCCUCAACCAACUCGAAAGAACAUGGCGAGAAGGCGUUCGCGCCGACUACAACAAGAUGAUCGAGAACAUACCCGUCUUCAUUGCGAGGGAACGAGCAUUUCUGACAUGGGUGGAACUUAAGCGCCACCUGGCAGCUCUAUUACGAGCAAACGAACGUUGGUCAGCCGAAGGCCACACAGCCGCCGAGAUCGAGCGACGCAUCCAACAGCACCGCACCCUCAUGGGCUGCACACAAACCAUCAUCGCCAAUUUUGAAGACGUGGGUCGAGGGUUUGGUCUCGGCCCCAACGUCGCUGUCGACCGCGAUGAGCUACUGCGACAAGCGAUUGUGGUAUUGGCCGGAGAAAAGUAUGCAGUAGAGAUGCAGUGGAAGCCAGUAGAUUUUACGCAGGUAAUGGGUUGGCUGCACGACCACCUGGAAAGCUUCCGCAAAGAAGAAGAGGAAGACGGAAAGGGUAUGCUCUGGUAUAUCGGCGAGUCACGACGCUAGUCGCGAACACCACGAUGAAGAUAUGCACGUAUCAUGCGCGCGGAGCUGUAGUCGUAAAAAAACUGUGUACGAGGAUCAUACAGGCGUUCAGGUUUUCAGGGCGACGAUCGAUCGCCAGGGUCGAGGCCCCCACUAGUAGGUGUCCAGUUCGGGAAAAUCAAGCUAUUCGGGUAGGUCAGCCGUAAAGUGGUGGUUUCAGCUACUUGAUCAUGUUACAGGACCGUGUAGGAUUAGACUAGCUCAGAUGUGCCACACCUCAUCACCAUGCAGUACGGGACUCUGCGACGCGUGAUUUGCUUUAGUUUUGCGAUCGCCUGGAACGCGCGACUGUACGCAGCUUCAAUAGUUCGGCAGCUAGUAUCCGAAUGAAUACACGGCUCGGCAGCACUUCGCAGUA